AUGGCACAGACCAUGAAUGCUGUUGGUGUGGCAGCUGUGGCCGACAGCUACCAGAUGUUCAAUCCCAAGGCCUACCUGCAGAACAACUACAUGCCGCCUCGUGCCAACUUCACAAGCGAGGAGUUUGUGGUGCCCUGGAAACUCCGUUGCCUGGCAGAUGCCUUUGCCACAGGAGAAAUCUGUGGCCAUACUUUGAUUGAUAUCGGCACAGGCCCCACCAUCUACCAGCUCCUCAGUGCCUGCGACUACUUUGAAGAGAUUGUGGCCACUGACUACUUGGAAGUGAACCGGGCUGAGAUCCACAGCUGGGUGUGUGGCGAAGACCCUGGCAUCUUCGACUGGACCCCUUACAUCCAGCAUGCUUGUAGGAUUGAAGGCAAUGCGGAACCAUGGAAGGAAAAAGAGCAAAAGCUGAAGAAGAAACUCAAGAAGAUCCUUCCCAUUGACGUCCACCAACCCAACCCCCUGGGCUUUUUGCUCAGCCAGCCAGCGGACGCCUUGGUCUCGGCUUUCUGCCUGGAGGCGGUGAGCCCUGACCGCCCCAGCUUCGAUCGAGCCCUUCAGAAUGUCACCACGCUCCUCAAACCUGGAGGCCAUUUCCUCAUGAUUGGGGCGUUGGAAGAGUCCUUCUACUUGGCCGGAGAAGCCAAGCUGUCAGUAGUGCCCAUGAGCGAGGCGGCUGUCAAGGAAUCCUUUGCCAAGUGUGGCUAUUGCGUCCACAGCUUCCGCUCCUACGACAUGCCACCGAGCCUGAAGAUUGGCGUGGACGACGUACAAGGCAUCUUCUUCAUCCAUGCUCAGAAGCCAGCUUGAUUCCAGCUUGCCUAACAGCCCCGUCAUUCCCUUGCCAAAGAAAUAGUACAUUGCAUUGUAUCUAGCUAGAAAUUCAGCUUGCCGGCUGUUAGCGCUAUCUCCGACCCAAGUGUUGCUAUGCUGUGUGUCCUCUAGUUUUGUUUACUUGUUAACUUCGAAUUCAAGCUCACUGCCAAGAAAAGAUGGUCUCAGUAGCCUGAACAAAUCGCUUGCACAGUUCACUCUGCU